AUGAAUGGCCACAGUGAACAAGCCAAUAGGAAAACAGCAGGCGGAAAGAAAAAGAAGUUCACUUUGGGCUCAAUCUUUCGACUGGGCUCAAAGGGUAAAAAUGGCAGCUCAGGGCAGGGUGAUAUUGAUCUCGCAAAGGAGGUGAACUUUACCGAACACCUAAUGACAUUUGCGCAACUGGAGGAGAAGUUCCAGACUAGUCUCGACAAUGGACUCUCUCCAAAAGAGGCUGACUUUCGCUUUCAGCGAGACGGACCAAAUGCAUUUACACCACCAAAACAGACACCAAACUGGCUUAUUCUUUUAAAAGAACUUACCGGAGGUUUUGCCUGGAUCAUGUGGCUUGCUGCGGCUGGCAGUCUUGCGGCAUACUUUUUGGAGAAAAAACCAGAAGACUACAUAUUGACAAUAGUCCUGGUGGCGACAAUUUUCAUAACUGGUCUGUGGUCGUUUAAAGAGCAGCGAAGCAGUGGAAAGCUUUUCGACACGUUCAAAAACAUGAUUCCACAGGAGACACUUGUCAUUCGUGAAGGUAAACAACAAAAGGUUCCAGCUGAUCGCUUAGUGGUGGGCGAUGUUGUGCUCUGCAAAGGCGGCGAGCGGAUUCCUGCCGAUGUUCGCAUUCUCAAGUGUGAGGGAAUGAAAGUGGAUAAUUCAUCGCUGACCGGAGAGGCUGAGCCACUGUCUCGGUCCCCGGAGGCAGGUCAUCAGAUGCCACUGGAGGCGAAGAACAUUGCCUUCUUCUCGACGUCAUGCGUCGAUGGCAGCGGCGUUGGCGUGGUCAUUGCCACAGGAGACAAUACGGUCAUGGGCAAAAUUGCCAAACUGGUGACAAAUAUCCAGGCAGUGGAAUCGCCCAUUUCCAUUGAAGUAGGCCGUUUUGUCCGUUUCAUUGCCUGUCUGGGCAUCAGCCUGGGCGUCAUCUUCUGCGCCGUCUGCAUGGGCCUGAAGAUGCCCUUCUUCGAGGCCUUCGUCAACGGCAUCGCCAUCAUCGUGGGCAACAUUCCCGAGGGCCUGCUUCCGGCGAUGACGCUUGCGCUGACGCUGACCGCCAAGCGACUGGCGCAGAAGAACUGCAUGAUCAAGUACCUGGAGGCGGUGGAGACGCUGGGCUCCACUUCGACGAUCUGCAGCGACAAGACGGGCACACUGACGGAGAAUCGAAUGACCGUGGAGCACUGCUACUUGGGCAAUCGCAUAGUGCAUGCUUCGCAUGAGGAGGGCGAGACGAGGGAAGAUAUGGCCCAGUUGCCCGUCUGCUGGCAGGCAUUUCAAAGAUGUGCCAAGCUGUGCUCACGUGCCAACUUCAUCGGCGACGGUGCGGACAUCCUGUCGCGGGAGUGCAGCGGCGAUGCCUCGGAGAGCGCCAUUCUACGCUUUAUGGAGUGUGUCUCGCUGCCGGAGACGGUGCUGCAGUAUCGAGAGCGAUUUCCGAAGAUCGCCGAGAAACCGUUCAGUUCAGUGUACAAGUACCAGUAUUCAGUGCACCGGAACACCGAGAAGACAAGCGAAAAGGAUGCGGAGUUUUUCGUUGUGAUGAAAGGUGCCCCUGAGCGAGUGGUUAAACUGUGCACUACGAUACUUAAUGGAGAGACAGUGCCCAUGUCUGAUGACGACAUUGACGCCUUUGAGUUUGCCUACCGUGAACUGGGCUCAAUGGGAGAACGUGUGUUGGCCUUCUGCGACAUGGACCUCAGUGGCUUUGCCCCGGACCACACCUUUAACAUUGAUGAGGGAAAUGACUUUGAGGUGAAAAAUAUGCGCUUCUUAGGCCUCAUUGCCAUGAUCGAUCCGCCGCGAGGCUCAGUACCAGGCGCCGUUGCCAAGUGCAAGGACGCGGGCAUUUGCGUCAUAAUGGUCACCGGCGACCACCCGAUCACGGCGCAGGCCAUCGCCAAGUCGGUGGGCAUCAUCUCGGUGUCCCAUCGACGGUCGACGCAAAUUUCACUGCCCAAAAUUGAUCGAAAGUUUAGCCGACGCAAUGCCGCUUCCAUUGUAGUGCCCGGCGAUGAGCUGGCCAACAUUGACGACGACGAACUGAGGGACAUUCUGCGCGACUUUAAUGAGAUCGUCUUUGCGCGCACCUCACCGCAGCAGAAGCUGCGCAUUGUGGACAACUGCCAGAGUUUGGGGCGAAUUGUGGCCGUCACCGGGGACGGCGUCAACGACUCACCGGCGCUGAAGAAGGCAGACAUUGGCAUUGCCAUGGGCAUCACUGGCUCGGAUGUGUCCAAACAGGCGGCAGACAUGAUUCUCCUCGAUGACAACUUUGCGUCGAUUGUCGUCGGCGUCGAGGAAGGUCGCAAGAUCUUUGACAACAUGAAGAAAACUAUCUCCUACAUCUUGGCGGGCAACUGCGCAACCAUCUACCCGUUUAUAGUGUUUCUCAUUUUGGGCAUUCCAGUGUCCGUGACGCCUAUCAUGAUUCUCUGCAUCUGUCUGGGAACUGACUUGAUUCCCGCAAUCUCUUUGGCUUAUGAGAAGGCCGAAUCGGACAUCAUGAAGUUGUCGCCUCGAAAUCCGCAGAAGGACCAUCUGGUGACGCGAAAUCUCCUGCUUUGGAGCUAUCUUCAGGCUGGCAUUAUUGUUACCGCUUCGGGGAUUUUAAUAUGA